AUGAGGCUCUCCCAGCUCCAGGGCAGCAUCCAAUCCCUACAUCCACCCCUAGCCAGGAUUUCCUGGAAUCACGGGAUGGUUUGGGUUGGAAGGGACCAUAAAGCCCAUCCAGCUCCAGCCGUGGGCAGAGAUACCUUCUGCUAUCCCAGGUUCUUCCAGCCUGGCCUCGGACACUUCCAAGGACGUUCCCGGCAUUUUCCUGGUGUCCCGGUUGCGAUUCCAUGUGUUUUCCAUCCCUCUCCAGCGCGAUGCAGCCGCCCCAAGGCCGUGGCCAACGCCCACAUCGAGGUGGGGAACAACACGGGGCUCCACUCCCUGCUGCGCUAUUCCUGCGACCCGGGAUACAAGCGGAAAGCCGGGACUUCCAACCUCAUCCAGUGCGUCCUCCGGGAUGGAUCCGCCCGGCCCGGCUGGACCGACCCCACGCUCCAGUGCAUCCGAGACCCGGCGGCUCCUCCUCCACAAACCCCCAUCCCCGUGAUCCCGACGGAGCCGCACACGGAGAGCACCACCCGGAGGGGAACCAGCCCCACUUCCAGCCCUUCUCCGGCGGGAAAGCCCGGAGCUGAUGGGACACCCCUGGAUACAUCCACACCGGGAGAGGGGACAACCCCGCUGCCCAACGCCCCCUCGGACAAUGCCACAGCUUCCAGCCAGACCUUGGCCUAUUCCAUCGGUAAGACGAGCUUGUUUUGGGAAGCAGGGGCUCAUUUUCCAUACUUUUUAAGCUUCCAAGCCCUCGGGGCCGUGGGAGCUUUUAUUCCCUGGGAAUGUCACCGAGGUGGGAAGGAGGCAGCACCCAAACUUCUCCCUGGAAAAGAGAAUUCCCAGUUUUAUCCCUGCCAGGGUGGGGAGGGCACCUUGGGACUGCAUCCUAGGUUUUUAUGGCUCUUUGUGGAGCUGUUUUGUUUGGAGCCGGGCUGUGCCCUCAUCCAUGAGCUGGAAGACGCUCAUCCAUCCCUGUGGCUUUUCCACAGGGUUCCCGGCGCUCCUGGUCACCGGAAUCGUGGCCUCCUUCUGCUGCUGCUGGAGGAGGAAAACGCACCCACGGCAGGGCUACGACGUGACACCCGGGGACAUUCCCAUGGCAGCUCCAGCCCUCGGGAAUGAGGAGGUGACACCCGGGGACAUUCCCAUGGCGGCUCCGGCCCCCAGGAAUGAGGAGGUGGCACCCCCCGGGAUCGUUCCCACGGGAUGAGCGCCCGCAGCCGGCAAACUCGGUGCGCCCGACAGCCCCAAGGAUGCUCCAGGAUCCCACUUCCCAGGGAAGCUGGAGGCUUCUCUGAGCGGUGGCACAUCCCGAGCUCCACACGGAGCAGCCUCAUCCCAAGGGACGCGUGGCUGCUCUUCCCAGCCUGAACCAGUGAUUCCCAUGCAUGGCACGGCUCCAGGUCCCACGGCCAAGGCUUCCAGCCCCAUUCCGCCCUCGGACGCAGCUCAGGGAUCCUUUGGAAGCACUUCCAGCACCGAUCCAGGCUCCGGAUUCCUGAUCCCCCCUGGCUCUGGCUGCUCCCAGGGAUCCCAACCCGGAGCACUUUCACUACAAUUUACACUUCUCGAGAGACCAAACUUAGGAAAUAUUCCAAGGAAAAAUAUUUCCAGGACGCGACUCCGGGAAUAUUUCCCUCUCUGUGGUUUUCCUUCAUCCCUCGGUGGUUUUUAUCCACUGUUUUCCUUUAUUUCAGGACAGGCAGCUCUGGUGCCUUUUUUUUAUGUAUAAAUAUAUAUAUUUUAUAUAAAAUCACA